UCUAAAAAGGGAGUCUAUUUAAAGGCUAGAGUAUACAAAUGAGUUUUAAGGUGAGACUUAAACGCUUCUAAUGUGGUGGCAUCUCGAACUGUUACCGGAAGGGGAUUCCAGAGUACUGGAGCCCGAAAUGAAAAAGCUCUAUGGCCCGCAGACUUUUUUUGGGCUUUGGGAAUCACUAAUAAGCCGGAGUCCUUUGAACGCAGAUUUCUUGCCGGGACAUAUGGUACAAUACAAUCGGCAAGAUAGGAUGGAGCUAGACCGUGUAGUAUUUUAUACGUAAGUAGUAAAACCUUAAAGUCACAUCCUAAGUGCACAGGAGUAUCAAAUAUAAAUAAAAUAUUGUCACUUAACAAUAAAAGUCGACUUUAACAGAAUUAGAGGUUCAAACUAACUAAGUAUUGCUUCUUCUUAAUACGAUACAACACUAAUUAAAUUAUUAAUUUGUAAUCGUCCAGGUGUGUAAUUAAUGGCGAGGUAUGAAGACAAAGAUAUCAAUUUAAUAAUAAUAUGCACAAUGUAUUGGAGUGAAAAGAAGCUCAUUUCCUGUCAUUCCUAAUUUUCUCUCCUCCCUCAGCCUCUCAUUUCCUCCCCCUGAGUAAAGUGCCGCCCAGGAGCACACACACCCUCACGCACACACACACUCCACACAGUCAGGACACAAUAGCAGGACAGUGAAGGGAGGUGAGAAGCUUUAUUUCAUUUAUCCAUUCAUGUAGUCAUUCAUCUGUUCAUCUAUACCUGUGGUGACCAACCAUUAGACAAAGCUCAUCCUGGUACAUCUUGGACAUUUUUGGAAUUUUUUACAUUUUUUAUUUAUUUUUUUUUUGCAAGAGAUUGAUGCCAGAGUUGGACACACAUGGAAUUAAUUUAUCUCCACUCAAACAACUCGCAACAACAAAAAAUACUUGAAGAUUGAGCAGUAAAAAGUGACUUUUCACCUCUUUUUCUUUCUUAUUGAAAAAAACAAACAAAAAACUGUUGGAUGCAACUGAGGGACCGUUUGAGACAAUUCUUUGGCGGGAUUUGCUGUUAGCGUGCUGACAGGGGCCAAAAGUGACUCAAUGAAGAAAACCUAAGCGCCGCCAUGUUUGGAGCAGCAGGCGGGCCGAGGAUGGUGUCGCGCGGCGAGGCUGCUCUGCCGCUGCUGAUCCAGGCGCUGCUCGCUCUGCGGGUGGCAGGUGAGCCACAUAACGUCACGUUGGCUGUCAUCCUGCCGGAGAGCAGCACGCACUACCCGUGGGCGUGGCCACGCGUGGGGCCCGCCCUGGACCGGGCGGUCCGGACGGUCAACGCCAACCCCGCCCUGCUCCCCGGUCUCCACCUGGACUACGUCUUUAAGAACAGCGAGGACAAGAACGGCAUCUGCUCGGAGUCCAUCGCACCUCUCAUGGCAGUGGACCUCAAGCUGGCCUAUGACCCGUGGGCCUUCAUCGGGCCGGGCUGCUCCUACGCUUCCUCCCCCGUGGGCCUCUUCACCACCCACUGGGACGUCCCCAUGGUGACGGCAGGGGCGCCGGCCGUGGCCUUCUACGGUGGCGUGUACCCGUCCAUCACCAACACGGGCCCCACCCACAGGAAGCUGGGCAAGUUUGCCCUGCGCAUCUGCGAGCACUUCGGCUGGCGAGACCACGUCAUGCUCAUGUUCAACGACAACAAAGUGGACGACCGACCGUGCUACUUCGCCGUGGAGGGCCUCUUCACCGAGCUGAACCGCAUCAACAUCACGCUGGUGGACAGCAUCUUCGAGGAGAACAAGCCCUUCGUCAACUACACCCAGAUCCUCGCCGACAUCCAGAACGAAAGCAGAGUCAUGUUCGUCUGCUGCUCGCCGGACGUCUUCAGGAAGCUGAUGGUACACUUCCGCCGCGCCGACCUCCCUCACGAGCAGUAUGUCUUCUUCUACAUCGACGUUUUCGGCGAGAGCCUCAAAUCGACGCACAGGCGGCCCUGGGCUCGCGGCGAUCAGGACGACGCCGUUGCCAAGGAGGCCUUCCAGAGCGUUAAGAUCCUCACGUAUCGAGAGCCGCAGAACGCCGAGUACCAGGACUUUGUCCACAACCUGAAGGUGGACGCCAAGACCAUGUUCAACUACACCAUCGAGGACUCGCUGAUGAACAUCAUCGCUGGGGGCUUCUAUGACGGUCUGAUGCUGUACACGCACGCGCUCAACGAGACCAUGACUGUGCCCACCAUGCGGCCCCCGGGAAGAGUGGUCACCAGGAGGAUGUGGAACAGAACUUUUCAAGGUGUGACUGGAACAUUACAGCUGGACGAAAAUGGAGACAGGGAGACUGACUUUGCUCUGUGGGACAUGAUAGACACAAACAACAGUGCUUUCCAGAUGGUUCUAGUGUAUAACAGUCUGGAGGAGCAGCUGACUGCCAUUCCGGGAACGUCGCUACACUGGCUGGGUGGAGUUUGUCCCCCUGACGUUCCCGUGUGCGGCUUCAAGAACGACAACCCUGUUUGCCUGACCAAGACAAUCACCAUCCACCAGAUGGUCUCCAUUGUGGUCGUCUUCAUCCUCACCAUGAGCCUCACUGUUGCCAUCUUCAUCUACAGGAAGAUGAAGCUGGAGAAGGAGUUGGUGGCUCAGCUCUGGAGGAUUUCCUGGGACGACAUCAACAUGAGCAACCUGGAAAAAGUGCUCCGAAGCGGUAGCAGGGUCACAUUGUCUCUGAGGGGCUCGAACUACGGCUCCCUGAUGACGACUGACGGACACGUGCAGGUUUUUGCAAAGACUGGAUACUACAAGGGGAACAUCGUGGCCAUCAAGUACACCAACAGGAAGCGCGUCGAGCUGAACAGGAAGGUCCUAUUUGAACUCAAACAUAUGAGAGACGUUCAGAAUGAACAUUUAACAAGAUUCGUUGGUGCUUGCAUCGACCCUCCAAACACCUGUAUCCUGACUGAAUACUGUCCCAGAGGAAGUCUGCAGGACAUCUUGGAGAACGACAGCAUCACUCUGGACUGGAUGUUCAAAUAUUCUCUCAUCAAUGACAUCGUUAAGGGCAUGGUUUUCCUCCACAACAGCGUCAUCGUCUCCCAUGGGAAACUGAAGUCGUCCAACUGUGUGGUGGACAAGCGCUUCGUGCUGAAGAUCACAGACUACGGUCUGAGCAGUCUUCAGGCUGAGAGCCAGUCAGAAAAAGACGCCCAUUCUUACUACGCCCAGAGGCUGUGGAUGGCACCUGAACUUCUCCAGAUGGACUCUCCUCCUCCUCAGGGGACUCAAAAGGGCGACAUCUACAGCUUUGGAAUCAUCCUCCAGGAGGUGGCGCUACGGCGAGGAGCGUUCUACCUAGAGGGCAACCCACUCAGUCCCAAAGAGAUUGUGGACCGCGUGGUGCUGGGUGAAUGGCCGUGUCUCAGACCCACUGUGGACCCUCACAGUCACAGCCCAGAACUGGGUCAGCUGAUGCAGCGCUGCUGGGCAGAGGAGCCCACCGAGAGGCCCGAAUUCAACCACAUCCAAAUAAUUCUACGCAAGCACAACAAGGAGUCCAGGACCAACAUCCUGGACAACCUGUUGUCCCGGAUGGAACAAUACGCCAACAACUUGGAAGAGCUGGUGGAAGAACGAACACAAGCUUAUCAUGAGGAGAAACGCAAAGCCGAAGCGCUCCUCUACCAGAUUCUACCGCACUCGGUGGCGGAGCAGUUAAAACGAGGCGAGACGGUCCAGGCCGAAGCCUUCGACUCGGUCACCAUCUACUUCAGCGACAUUGUGGGCUUCACCAGCAUCUCUGCAGAGAGCACGCCCAUGGAGGUGGUGACGCUGCUCAACGACCUGUACACAUGUUUCGACGCCAUCAUAGACAACUUUGACGUUUACAAGGUGGAGACCAUCGGAGACGCGUACAUGGUGGUCUCGGGGCUGCCGGUGAGGAACGGCAAGCUGCACGGCCGGGAGGUGGCGCGCAUGGCCCUCGCCCUGCUGGACGCCGUCAGCAGCUUCAAGAUCCGCCAUCGACCUGACGAGCAGCUUAAGCUGAGGAUCGGCGUCCACAGCGGUCCGGUGUGUGCGGGUGUGGUGGGCCUGAAGAUGCCUCGUUACUGUCUGUUUGGUGACACGGUCAACACCUCGUCCAGGAUGGAGUCCAGCGGAGAAGCUUUGAAGAUCCACGUGUCGUCCGCCACCUGCGACGUCCUGCAGGAGUUCGGCUGCUUCCAGCUGGAGCUGAGAGGCGACGUGCAAGUCAAAGGCAAAGGAAAGAUGACCACCUAUUGGCUGCUGGGAGAGAUCAGCAGCCAAUGAAUGGAAGAAAGCGGGACCAUGCCGUCAUCACGAACAUGAACGUUCGCCUCCCCACCGCCCCCCAUCUUAUCCCGAUUGGAGCAGUGAGCAGCUUUGUCCACUAGAUGGGGGUGUUGUCACGUCUGCAGCAGCAACGCCCUGCCAGGUUCUAAGGUCAAACAAACAACGACGUCAUCUCAACCACACACUUUUGAGUACACUAUGUUCUCUAAAUGUUGUAGUACUGUCCCAAAUACAUGACUGUUGUACACGCAUCCAUCAUGAUAUUCACCUUCUUCUGUCCACUACUGUACUUUCCAUCGCUAUGACAGACCACCUCAAAAACGGAUCGGAAGUUUUCCCAAAUUAAAGCUAUGAACGUUAAAACACUGAA